ACUGUGUAGAGGUAGCCAUUAUACUUCAUCUAUCUCUUAUCUCCAAUCGUUGAGCAGACAUUUUGCGUGUUUGUAACAAAAUCCGAGGUAUCCAGAGUUCGGGGAAUUCCGUUACUCACUUAUAUGUGCUGUGAAAGCUUCUAGAACAUUCGAGGGUAAACUGUCGUUUGACGAGAUACGAGACAGCAAAACUUGGUAACAACAUAAUUAGAACAUUGUAGUUGUUACCCAACGGAGCUAACAAGUGAUUGUGUCACGCAAUAUAUCUUUGGAGCUUUGUUUGAUAUUGAAUUAAGACAAAAUGACGAAGAAAGGAAAGAAGAAGAAGAAGCAGACAACAGCUGCGUCAACCUCAAAAGAGACUUUGCAAGAACAGACUUCGCAAGAACAGACUUCGCAAGGACAGUCCUCGCAGCAACAAGAGGAACAAUCCUCAGAAGCAUUAGCUAGUUCGACGCAACAAAAGAUAACCAUAGCAAAGGAACAGGAAGUAGCUGCAUCAACUUCGAAACAGACUGCUGAUGGUUCUUCAAAACAACAAAAGAAGUUGUUACCACAAGGUCAGCAACAACAAGAAUCGUUGGGCACACGUCAAGUAUCACAGGAUCAUUCACAACAACAACAACAACAACGAGGGGGCCGCCCACGACAACAAAUAUCACAAAGCGAGCCACAACCACUACAAGGAGCAUGGAGUCGUCCACGACAACAAACACCACAGAAUCUACCACAGCAACAACCACAAGAAGCAUCUAGCCAGCAACAACAACAAUCACAAGGAGCACGGAGCCAACCACAACAACAAGGAGCACGGAGCCAACCACAACAACAAGGAGCACGGAGCCAACCACAACAACAAGGAGCACGGAGCCAACCACAACAACAAGGAGCACGGAGCCAACCACAACAACAAGGAGCACGGAGCCAACCACAACAACAAGGAGCACGGAGCCAACCACAACAACAAGGAGCACGGAGCCAACCACAACAACAAGGAGCACGGAGCCAACCACAACAACAAGGAGCACGGAGCCAACCACAACAACAAGGAGCACGGAGCCAACCACAACAACAAGGAGCACGGAGCCAACCACAACAACAAGGAGCACGGAGCCAACCACAACAACAAGGAGCACGGAGCCAACCACAACAACAAGGAGCACGGAGCCAACCACAACAACAAGGAGCACGGAGCCAACCACAACAACAAGGAGCACGGAGCCAACCACAACAACAAGGAGCACGGAGCCAACCACAACAACAAGGAGCACGGAGCCAACCACAACAACAAGGAGCACGGAGCCAACCACAACAACAAGGAGCACGGAGCCAACCACAACAACAAGGAGCACGGAGCCAACCACAACAACAAGGAGCACGGAGCCAACCACAACAACAAGGAGCACGGAGCCAACCACAACAACAAGGAGCACGGAGCCAACCACAACAACAAGGAGCACGGAGCCAACCACAACAACAAGGAGCACGGAGCCAACCACAACAACAAGGAGCACGGAGCCAACCACAACAACAAGGAGCACGGAGCCAACCACAACAACAAGGAGCACGGAGCCAACCACAACAACAAGGAGCACGGAGCCAACCACAACAACAAGGAGCACGGAGCCAACCACAACAACAAGGAGCACGGAGCCAACCACAACAACAAGGAGCACGGAGCCAACCACAACAACAAGGAGCACGGAGCCAACCACAACAACAAGGAGCACGGAGCCAACCACAACAACAAGGAGCACGGAGCCAACCACAACAACAAGGAGCACGGAGCCAACCACAACAACAAGGAGCACGGAGCCAACCACAACAACAAGGAGCACGGAGCCAACCACAACAACAAGGAGCACGGAGCCAACCACAACAACAAGGAGCACGGAGCCAACCACAACAACAAGGAGCACGGAGCCAACCACAACAACAAGGAGCACGGAGCCAACCACAACAACAACCACAAGAAACACGGGGCCAACAACAACAAUCACAAGAAGCAUGGAGCCAACCACAACAACAAGGAGCAUGGGGUCGCCCACGACAACAAAUACCACAAAGUGAACCACAACAACUACAAGGAGCAUCUAGCCAACAACAACAACAAUCACAAGGAGCAUGGAGCCGACUACCACAACAACAGCAACCACAAGGAGCAUGGGGCCCACAACAAACAGCUUGGGAACAACAGCAACACAGAGCACCAACUUUACCUCAACAGCAGCAAAAAGCUUCAAUUGGUACUGGUGCUGCUGGUGAUCAUCGACAAGUACAGACAAGUGGUGUGCACCGAGAACAACCAUCAACAAGUACUCUUGAUGUAUCUAAGCUUGCUUUGACAGAUCCAUUCCACAAAGAAAAGACUGAAAAGGCAAAAAUGUCAUCUGAACAAUUGAAAGUAUAUCAUAACAUGAUACCAAAGAGAAAAAAUCCACUAUGUGGUGGGACAAUAGGGGACAACAUUUCUGUGUUUACAAAUAUGUUCCAAAUUAUAUUCAGCGAUAAGUUUGUAACCAAUGCAGUUCAUUAUGAUAUUAAUAUUCGUCCUCUUGAUGAAAAGCCCAAGAAAACAGAAACCAAGAAAGAAACCAGACUUCCUAAGAUUUUAUGUAGAAAUAUUUUUGAACAAUGUAGAAAUAAACAUUUUAGCGAGAGAUUUCCAGCUUAUGAUGGGAAUAAAAAUGCAUAUAGCGCAAAUGAGCUUCCUUUCCCCAAUGAAAAGGAAGAUGUCUUCUGGUUUGAAAAUGAGAAGAACCAAAAGAAACAAUAUAAAAUUAACCUGAGGAAAGUGGCUCAUAUUGAUCUUAGUUGGAUAAAAAAUUUGAGACCUGGUCUUGCAGAAAAUAAAGAUCGAACCGCUUUACAAGUCUUGGAUAUAAUCAUGCGUCAUGCACCAGAAUCGAGAUUUACUAAUGUUGGAAGAUCACUUUACUGGGAUGUGGAAGAUAAACUUAAUAAAAUUGAUAAAAUUGAUGAAAGUGAGCUACUAGGUGAUGGCUUAUUUCUAGUACACGGUGGAUUUCUCUCUGGUGUACUUGGGUGGAAACCAUAUCUAAAUGUAGAUGUUGCUCAUAAAGGAUUUACCAUGAAUCAAAGAGUACUUCAAUACAUAACUGAACUUACAAAGAUUGGGGAAGAAAAGCUUUCUCAUAGUGAUAUAAUAAAAAAUAAAGACAAGAUACUAGGUUUUUUGAAAGGCUUAAAAGUGACUUAUGAAAUACCUAACAUAUCAAAAUCGAAACGUACGUACCGUGUACUCGAUUUGUGGCCCGAUAGUUGUAACUCACAUACGUUUAUAUCAUCCGAUGUAUCUUACUCAAUAACAACAUAUUUUCGGGUCAUAAAGGGAUAUAGCAUAAGAAAACCUGAUUUGCCUACUCUUCAUGUGGGCAAGACUUCCAACGGAGACAAAAUCUUAGUCCCUCUUGAAUUAUGCAGCAUUGUGGGUGGUCAGGCCUUUAAUAAAAAAUUAAAUGAAACCCAAACCAGAAAUAUGAUUCGAGUAGCAGCAACGAGUGCGUCUCAACGUAAACAGAACAUAGAAGCAGCGUUCAAAAAACUGGAAAUAAAUCGUAGUCCUGUCAUGAAAAAAGAGUUCAAUGUAUCUGUAAGUACAGAAAUGCAAAAGGUUGAUGCCAGAGUUUUGCCUCCUCCUACAUUGAAAUAUGCUAAAGACUCAACGUUAGUAAAAAAAGGAGUAUGGAAUUUGCACGAGUUUAAUCAAGCCAAACAUUUGGGAUUUAACUCGUGGACUAUUCUUAACUUAACUGGAAUAACUGAUCCUCAAAUAUGGGAAUUUGUAAAAAAAUUACAAGACACUGCAAGAACCUUUGGUAUGACAAUUAAUAACCCUGAAAGUCCAUUUAAAACAAUCAAUAAACAGAAUACAAAUGGUAUCACAACUUACUUCAAUCAUCAGAAACAUUUACAAUUGAUAAUGGUUAUCAUACCAGAUUUUACAGACCCAAUAUAUGGAUGUGUAAAAAAAAUUAGCGAAAUGGACGUAGGUGUUUUGACACAGUGUAUAAAAAAAAAAAAUGUGGAAAUGAGAAAUAAAUAUAAUGCUACUGCUACAAUAACAAAUCUUUUACAAAAAAUAAACUCAAAAUUAAAUGGCAUCAAUCAUAUAUUGGAUAACAUGCCAUCAUGUUUAAGAAACUGUUCUUGCAUGCUUGUUGGUGCCGAUGUAACUCAUCCGGCUCCUGAUUCUAAAAAUGUACCAUCUAUAGCGGCGGUUGCUGCAAGUAGAAAUAAUUCAGCUUUCCAGUAUAGUGUUACACUCAGACUUCAACCACCUAAAGAAGAAAUGAUUUUAGAUCUUGAAGCAAUAAUAUUAUCACAACUUAAUAUCUAUUAUCAGGGAACAAAGAUUUCACCGCAAAGACUCAUCUAUUACCGAGACGGAGUUAGCGAGGGACAACUUCCUCAAGUUAUGUUUUAUGAAAUAAAUGCUAUUAAAAAUGCAAUUAAAGCAUUUAAUAAAGGUAAUAUUGAAGUUACCUGCAUGAUUGUUCAGAAGAGACAUCAUGUGCGUCUCUUUCCCACAAAUAAAUAUCAAACAGAUGACAGAAACUGUAACGUGAGAGCGGGUACAAUUGUCGAUAAAACUAUUACGCAUCCAGAUCAUAUUGAUUUUUAUCUCGUAUCACAUGCGAGUAUUCAGGGUACAGCGAGGCCUACAAAAUACAGAUGCAUAUGCAACGAUUCUCAAUUUAACGAAGAUCAGCUUGAGGAAAUGACUUAUUUUCUUUGCCAUAUGUAUGCCCGCUGUACAAGAUCAGUAAGCUAUCCGGCACCAACGUAUUAUGCUCAUUUAGCAGCUUUUCGCGGAAGAAUCUUGUUACAAACGAAAUCAAACAUUAAUUUGGCUGAUUUAGAAAGGGAACAGAGAGAUUUUCAAAUAAAGAUGGCAGCAUCGCCAAUGUAUUUCGUUUAAGGAUAUAUUAUUUAGAUUUCUAUGUGAUGACCUCUUGAUAGUUGAGAUAUGGCAGUUAAUUUUAUUUCCUUUGGGCAAUAAUUGUAUUGAAUAGAUUAUCUUAUUGCAGAGUUCGGCACGCAAUGCAUUUUUCGAUCGAUUUUCAGCUUGAUGUGUACAGGUUAGUGAGGUAAGGGACGGGAAACUAAGCUGAAAAUCGACCGAAAAGUGUAUCGUGUAUGUUUUAAUAUAUACCGAGCCCUGUUUUAAUAUAUAAAUUAAACAUAGUUUCUAUUAAUUAGUGAUAAUGUAAUAAACCUUGCAGUCCGUUUCAUCAGGGCGAGGAGCCUGAUACUUCUAAGUAUCAGGCUGUUCCUCGCCCUGUUUCAGUUAUGUUGAGGAAAAAUAUAAUACAACAAAAAGAAAAAAAGGUUUAGGAUAAACGGUGUAGGACUGUGUUAAAAUAUGUUA